AAAUAUUAUUAGACAUAAUGGUGACUGUUAAGCAUGACGUUGAAUCUAUAUAGUCCCGAUAUUAAUAGGAGGAGGAAAAGAAAAUGAGGGAAAAAAAAAAAAAUCGGUACAAAUCAUUCAUCCUUGUAGCCCAGAGUUCCCAAAGGCUGGACCAUGUUCAUAAUAGAAGCGCAAAAGCACCAAUCCAACGCCGGUCUGCCAUGCGUGCCAUACUAUCAGGUCGCUCAUAUACAAGUUGCUCUCUCCCUUCUUUGUUCUGUCUCUUUAUAGUUGCCCCAAACAAUAUCUUCUAGUUGGUUGAAAUCUUGUCCAAUCGUCCGUUUUUAUUUUGCUUGCUGGGUGUUGAAAUCCUAUCCCGCAUCGACAUCUCUAACUUCGUUUCAUGAGGGCAUUAUCUG